UGGAACAAAUAAAAAAACACCGAAGGCGCCUUUUCGCCUCUCUUCCGCUCUCAUUCGUCGGCCUCUCUCUCUCCAUCCCGUGGUUGCCAUCGUCAUUCCUCUGAGUUAAUUCUUCAUUUUUGGUUUUGGGUUCUCUCUCUUUACUGCGUUGCUGCCAAUAUGCAAGCUUGCGGUGGAGCUUCUGCUGCAGUGACGACGGGCACACUCCAACAGCCCCUUUGGAACAAGAAAACAACGCCCUUCCCCUACAACAACUUCCAAAUCAAAACUGCCUCUUUCAAACCCAUCAAAGCCUCUCAUGUCGAAGCCACCUUGGUCACCGGCCGACCACCCUCUUCCGUCUCCAUUAACGGAUUUGUGGACUACGGAUUAAGCGAGGCUGAUCCUGAGGUGCGUGCGAUUGUUGAUAAGGAGAAGCAACGUCAGUUCAGAAGCCUUGAGCUUAUUGCUUCCGAGAACUUUACUUAUCGUGCGGUUAUGGAGACUGUUGGUUCCUGCCUCACUAACAAGUAUUCCGAAGGCUUGCCUGGUAAGAGGUACUAUGGAGGCAAUGAGUACAUUGAUGAGCUUGAGAUUCUGUGCCAAAAGAGGGCCUUAGAUGCUUUUCACUUGGAUACAAAGAAAUGGGGCGUUAAUGUUCAGCCCUUGUCCGGUUCUCCCGCUAAUUUUGAGGCUUACACUGCAAUUCUCAAUCCGCAUGACCGAAUAAUGGGUUUGGACUUGCCUCAUGGAGGACACUUGUCACAUGGAUUCAUGACGCCUAAAAGACGAGUUUCGGGUACAUCAAUUUAUUUCGAGUCCAUGCCUUAUCGACUUGACGAAUCUACAGGCCUCAUUGAUUAUGAUAUGCUUGAGAAAACUGCUAAUCUCUUUCGACCAAAACUCAUUAUUGCUGGUGCUAGUGCUUAUCCUCGCGAUUUUGACUAUCCUCGGAUGAGGAAGAUUGCCGAUGCUGUUGGUGCUUUCUUAAUGAUGGAUAUGGCUCACAUUAGUGGCCUUGUAGCAGCUUCUGUGGUUGCAGAUCCUUUUGAAUAUUGCGAUAUCGUGACAACAACAACACACAAGUCUUUAAGGGGGCCAAGAGGUGGAAUGAUUUUCUUCAGAAAAGACCCCAUUCUCGGUGUUGACUUAGAAUCUGCCAUUAACAAUGCUGUAUUUCCUGGCCUUCAGGGAGGUCCUCAUAAUCACACUAUUGGGGGACUUGCGGUUUGCCUGAAGUAUGCACAAUCACCUGAAUUUAAAGAUUACCAGAAUAAGGUGGUCUCUAAUUGUAGAGCUCUUGCCAGUCGGUUGAUGGAACUGGGCUACAAACUAGUUUCUGGUGGAAGUGAUAACCACUUGGUUCUUGUCGAUCUGAGGCCUUUGGGUAUAGACGGAGCUCGGGUGGAGAAAAUUCUUGACAUGGCCUCUAUCACCCUCAACAAGAAUUCAGUACCCGGCGAUAAGAGCGCCCUGGUACCAGGCGGUAUUCGCAUUGGGUCACCUGCAAUGACAACCAGAGGAUUCACAGAGAAAGAGUUCGUGACAAUCGCUGAUUUCAUUCAUGAGGGUGUUGGAAUCACCCUUGAUGCCAAACAAUCAGUUUCGGGUUCAAAGCUCCAAGACUUCAUGAAGUUUGUAACUUCACUUGAUUUUCCUUUAGCAGACCGAGUUUUGGAUCUGAGGACCAGAGUCGAAGCUCUUACAACCCAGUUCCCGUUGCCUGGAGUCUAAGGCGCUUCUUUUGCAAUCACAAAGCUUUCUAAUGAAGGGAAUAUAGUUAAAUAAGUUAUAGCUUAGUCGUAGAUGUGAGUUACAAGAUUUACCACAGAUUUUGGGUCCUGCAAUACGAAUGAUGAUGGAUCCCAUACUGAGUACCCUUUUGGUUUAUUCUAAGAUAUUGAUUCACCGUGGAUGAGGAAUGUAUGAAGUAUACCAAGUUUUUGUCUAUGUAUGGACAGUUUCGAUGUUGUUGUUGUUUAAUGAAAAUUUUUGGAAGUGACUGAU